UUUAGGACUUUUGCUCAGCAGAGAAUGACUUUAUAAAUUUACCAAGUAGGUUCGAUUCGAAGCGACAUUUAGUCCAAGCUAUAUACAAAUUGUAAAUUCUCAUUGUUGAAAAGGUUACCAAGUAUAUCAAAGAAAACGCAACAUGUCUCGCGGAAGUUCAGCCGGCUUUGACAGACACAUUACCAUCUUCUCGCCAGAGGGACGCCUCUACCAAGUCGAGUAUGCUUUUAAAGCAAUCAACCAGGAAAAUAUCACCACCGUGGCUUUGAAGAGCGGCGACUGUGCUGUGGUAGCCACCCAGAAGAAGGUGACCGAAAAGAACAUUGUGCCUGACACAGUGACCCACCUCUUCCGUAUAACUAAGGAUAUCGGUUGCGCCAUGACGGGUCGCAUUGCUGACGCCCGUUCUCAGGUUCAAAAGGCUAGAUACGAGGCCGCAAACUUCCGCUACAAGUUCGGAUACGACAUGCCCGUGGACGUCCUUUGCCGGCGCAUCGCAGACAUCAACCAGGUUUACACGCAGAACGCCGAGAUGCGACCUCUUGGUUGCAGUAUGGUGCUCAUUGCCUACGACGACGAGAUUGGGGCAAGCGUUUACAAGACGGACCCGGCUGGAUACUACAGUGGCUUCAAGGCCUGCUCGGUGGGCGCCAAAUCGAUUGAGGCCAACAGUUACCUAGAAAAGAAGUAUAAGAAUAACCUCUCCGAAGAGAAGACCAUCCAGCUGGCCAUCACAUGUCUGUCUAGUGUGCUAGCCAUUGACUUUAAGCCCAACGGUAUCGAGAUCGGUGUGGUCAGCAAGACCGACCCCACCUUCCGUAUCCUGGACGAGAGGGAAGUCGAAGAACACCUUACCAAGAUCGCCGAGAAGGACUAAGUUCUGCGCGUUAGCUGUAAUUUUGUCAUAUUUUUUAAAGCCUCUACAUGGAUCUACGGUUAAAUACAAAAAUGCGCUUGGCUUGCAUUCAAAACUAAGGCAAAACAUAAA